AUGACUAAUGUUAUAACAUGGUUUAAAAAUGUACUAAAGUUAUCAAGGAAUUACCAUGUGAAAGAUAUUCAUACACAAGUAACCCAUCAACAAAAUUUGCGAGAAACAAAUGUCACUAUUACAAGUGACACCGAAAUAUCCAUUGGACUUAAUAAAAUGAAUUGUGUCUGGAUUGAAACUAAGAAAAGAGAAGAGAAUCUUAAAGAAGGUCAAGCCAUGGGAGAGUUAUUCUUAAUAGAUAAGGAACAUUCAAUAAAUUCGAUGACCGUCUUAACUGAUUACAAUGAUUGUUGGAAUAUUUUCUUUUUUAUGAUAAUAAGAAAUAGUGAAAAAUACAUAGUAAAGGCUGAAAUUAAUGACCGUGGUAUUGUCUUGGUGAUAAUUAAACAGUUGGUAAUUGUAGAAGGAAAUAAGCUUUUCAAUUGGUUAGAAAAGGACACCAGUUAUCAAGUAGAAAGAACAAAGUUUUUCGAAUGCAUACCUGAAGUUGGUAAUGAAGAAGACAGAAUAGAAGACAUUGUUAAUGACAUAUCAAGACAGGAAUUAUUUAAUAUGAAUAUAUACAAAAGUUUAAGAAUGUUAAGAAAUUGGUAUAGAUUAGAUGAACAACCACAAGUAGAUCAACUUAUCAAACAAUUUAAUGAUGAUUAUGAAAAUUCACCAUUACAGAUGUUCACAUAG